AGCACCAUAACCAGCAGCUGAAGCUUGUGUCAAAACACAAGAGGGAAAUCGGCAGCACGCAGCAGCAAAUCUGGGCGAGCUUUCAUUUUGGUGGGAGUAUUUAUAAAACCAGAUUUUUCAAUAACGUGCACAUACCAUGACAGAACAAUCAGCGUUACUUCUCCGAAAACAACUUGCAGAGCUCAACAAGAACCCUGUGGAGGGCUUUUCGGCAGGUCUAAUAGAUGAUGACGACAUUUAUAAAUGGGAAGUUGUGAUCAUCGGUCCCCAGGAUACCCUUUUUGAAGGAGGGUUUUUUAAAGCAUAUUUAACUUUCCCAUAUGAUUAUCCUCUUCGGCCUCCAAAGAUGAAGUUCAUAACAGAAAUCUGGCACCCGAAUGUUGCAAAAAAUGGGGAUGUGUGCAUUUCUAUCCUGCAUGAGCCCGGAGAGGAUAAAUUUGGCUAUGAAAAGCCUGAAGAGCGCUGGCUGCCGAUCCACACAGUUGAGACAAUCAUGAUUAGUGUUAUCUCCAUGUUGGCAGACCCCAACAGUGAUUCACCAGCUAAUGUAGAUGCUGCUAAAGAGUGGAGGGAGGACCCAAAUGGUGAAUUCAAGAGAAAAGUGGCUCGUUGUGUAAGAAAAAGUCAAGAGAUGGCCUUUGACUAGAAGUAUAUUGUGAAUUCCAGGGAAAUGCCUCCAGAGGGAAACGUUCCGACUUUUGUGCCCCUUGUUUUGCAAGAUAAAAGGAAUUUUCAACCUGGUUUCUGCGAGCGGUUGUAAUGUGUCACAAGAAGAGCAAAUUUGAGAACACUACCAGCGAAAUUCACCUCCUUCCUACCUGGAAUUGUAUAUUUAAUUUUAUUUAUUUUGGAAAACUAAUGAUGUAAAAUAUGUCACUACUGUAAAUUAACUUGCUUUUUUAUCUGCUGCUGAACAGUUUCUACUUUAUACUACCAGGUUUCUUAUGCAAUUUAGUGGUCAAGAGUGAGUCGAACAAAUGAAAGCCUGUUACCUUCCCGUCAUCCCCCUGUCCUCUAUUUCAUACUGUACAUGUCAGUCCAUCAUACUGUGUAUCUGUCAAUAGAUGUGAUUGUGAUUUUCAAGUCAUUGACUCACUGUUGCCUUUUAUUGGCUUCACUUCUUCACUGAUUAUUUUUCAGAAACAAGGUAAAGACGAUUUUGCGGCAAUUAAACGUCUCAUCUCUAUUUUUUAAUGAAACCGCCACCUGCAUCAGCUAUCCUCGCUAAGGUGUUGCAAUGACUAUCGUGCAUGAUCCCGUCAAACUCUCGCGUCUUGUUGCUAAUUGUCGUUGUCAACGGAAUGGCUUACUCUGCCUUGAGAGCCAUGAUCUUCUAGUAUAUUGACUUGCACACGCAUGGCUAACAUUAACACUAGGUUUGUGCCAACUUCUCAGGAUUCAAUUCCAAUGUUGCAAUUAGCACCCGGUGGGAUAGACUUUAAAUAGGAACAUUUUGUCAGCUACCACAACCAAAAAGGGUAUGUGGGGAGAAACGUCUACAAGCUGUGAUCAUUCUGGGUGCAGAGUGUGUACUGCUGUGGCAUCUGAAUUUACCUCAAUGUGGUUGUUGAGUUCUCAAUGUGGGGAUGCUUGGGGGCUCUGUUGUAGAACUGGACUAGCUGUCGGUAUGUUGUUGCACAUUGGGAUUUCUCUGUAGAUCAUAAGUUUCACAUUGGUUUAAGGUGCAGAUGCUAAGGACUCGGUAGAUUGAAAGGUCAGAUUUUCAUUUUUUUUUGUUCCUGGAACAUUAUUAGUCAACAUGUAUCACUUUAACUUCACAAUUAGAGUUUUCUUUUUAAGUUUUUUUUUCUAACACGUAGAGUUGACAUGUAAACACUUUUAAUUGGAAAAAGACACAAUCCUGCAUACACUUUUACAUAAACGAAAGUACACUGGUCAGAAAAUACAGGCAUUUUCCUCCUCAAGAAUGGACUGAAAUCACCAUUUAUGGCACAUGCAAUCAGAGUUGAAUGAGUUGUAUGUGAAUGAUUCCAUCUACAAUGUACAAUCCUGAGUGAAUGUGAUCUAUACUAUUUUAGUAGACAUGUUGAGACUUGAUCAUGUCACUGCUGUCAACGUUUUACGUCAGAAUUUUCUAACCUACCAUGACCUCUUCUGACCGGUCUUCACUGUAUUUGCACAGAUUCAGUGCGUUUUUCAAACAUCAUUAAGCAAUACGCUCUGAAAAUGGUGUCCAGGUAAUCUUGCCUAUUGGUACCCUUAUAACGUUGCCACCAGUUUUGUUUUCCAUUUUGUUUCAGCGCAAUGUAUAUUGGACAUGAUGCUCAAUAAAGUGUGUAAAAUGA